GCUCCACCACCAGGCAGGGCGGCGGUGAUGUCAAAGCGGGAGGAGAGAGGCUGGCAGGCGACUGCUAAGCAACAGGUUUCAGAUCAGAAUCUCCCUUCCGAAGCAUUCUCCGUCGUCCUUGCACAGUCCCGGGAUCAGGUGGCGCCUGGGGAGUCUGAGUCAUCCAAUUGGCCAUGGGGGGCCAAGCCGUCAGCUCCUCUGAGCAAAAGUUGAAACAUGACCCGAGUUUCCACGGCCCCAUCAAAAAUAGGAGCUGUACGGACAUUAUCUGCUGCAUUAUCUUCAUGGUUUUCAUUGCUGGCUACUUUGUGGUGGGGAUUCUGGCCUGGCUGUACGGUGAUCCCCGGCAGGCUAUUUAUCCCAGGAAUUCAACUGGAGCAUAUUGUGGAAUUGGCGAAAACCGGGGCAAACCUUUCGUUUUCUACUUCAACAUUAUGCAAUGCGCCACAAGCUUCAACCUCAUAUCAGCUGCAAUGAACGGAUUGCAGUGUCCUACACCGCAGAUCUGUGUCCCGUCCUGCCCUGCCAAGUUCUGGGUGGUGCCUCCGCAGAUUAUCCAAAAGUCCAAGCCCGAGGACAUAUGGAACCAGACCAUGUGCCAGCCAGCGAUAGACCUCAAGACGACCAGCCUCAGUGUGUCAGAAAUUCUCAACCUGCAACUUUGUCCAGAAUACACUGUCCCGUCCAAGCCAGUGGUGAGGCGUUGCUUCCCUUCUUUUGACUCCUUUGAAGCUGAAUUCUUCAAUGUGAGCGGGAUGGAUAAAAAUAAAACUCUGGACACUAUCAAGAAUGGCACAGAACAGCUGUUAGAGGCUCUCGGUGCCAAGAACGUUGGACUGAAGAUCUUUGAGGAUUUCACGCAGUCGUGGUACUGGAUCUUGAUAGGGCUGCUGAUUGCCAUGGUGCUGAGCCUGAUAUUCUUGCUGCUGCUACGUUACAUCGCUGGGGUUCUGGUGUGGGUCAUCAUUGUUGGGCUGCUGGCCGCCACGGCCUACGGGAUCUACCACUGCUAUAUGGAGUACCGCGAGCUCGACCAGAAAGGAGCCACCAUCAAGAGCGUUGGUUUCACCACCGACGUGGGUGCCUACCGCAGCGUCAAGGAGACGUGGCUGGCCGCCUUGAUCAUCCUCUGCGUGGUGGGAGGCAUCAUGCUGCUCACCCUCUUGUUCCUCCGCAAGCAGAUCCUGAUCGCCAUCGCUCUCAUCAAGGAAGCCAGCAGAGCCAUUGGAUACAUGAUGAGUUCUCUUUUCUACCCAUUGGUGACCUUCGUCUUGCUGGUGGUAUGUGUGGCCUACUGGGGUAUUACUGCUCUAUAUCUCGCCACCUCUGGAGCGCCCCUCUAUCGCAUCGCUCCCAAAAAUGAUAGUUCCCCAGACUGCAUAGGGAUCUCUGGGAACCAGAGCUGCAGCCCUAUGACAUUCAACGCCUCCACCUACCGGCCCUGCCUGGUGGAUUGCAUCUUCUUCAAAUACAAUGACGAAGGGCUCUUCCAGCGCAACCUCUCCAACCUUCAGAUCUACAACUUUGUGGGCCUCCUCUGGUGCAUCAACUUAGUCAUUGCCCUGGGGCAGUGUGUCCUGGCGGGGGCCUUUGCCUCGUACUACUGGGCUUUCAAAAAGCCCCAGGAUAUCCCAGCCUGUGCUGUGUUCAAUGCAUUCGUCCGGACGUUACGAUACCAUAUAGGAUCUCUUGCUUUUGGUGCCCUCAUCCUCACUAUCGUCCAACUGAUCCGCAUCGUGCUGGAAUAUAUGGACCACAAAUUAAAAGGUUCCAGCAACAAGGUUGCCAAGUGCCUGCUUUGCUGCAUGCAGUGUUGCUUUUGGUGUCUGGAGAAGUUUGUCAAAUUCCUCAACAGAAACGCCUACAUCAUGAUUGCCAUUUAUGGAAAGAAUUUCUGUGUGUCGGCCAAAAAUGCCUUCAUGCUACUGAUGCGUAAUGCUGCCAGGGUUGUAGUCCUGGAUAAAGUCACUGACCUGCUGCUGUUUUUUGGGAAGCUCUUGGUAGUUGGUGGAGUUGGCAUUCUGUCGUUCUUCUUCUUCACGGGGCGAAUUCCCAUCGAUAAACCCGAGUUCAAAUCCCCCGUCCUCAACUACUAUUGGCUGCCCAUCCUGACUGUUGUGGUAGGCGCCUACUUCAUAGCCCAAGGCUUCUUCAGCGUCUACAAUAUGUGUAUCGACACUCUGUUCCUCUGUUUCUUGGAAGACCUGGAGCGGAAUGACGGCUCCCAGGGGAAGCCGUAUUACAUGUCCAAGUCUCUCAUGAAUAUCCUCAACAAGAAGAACAAGAAUGGAAAGGCCACGUAGAAGACAAUUUGGUGUUACUGGUCCACAUCAUCUCUUGCUACAGUAUAUCGCUUCCUGGCUUCCCAGGCCUGUCUCAAGAGCAUCUUAACACAUCCCUUCACCUCCUUUCCUUUCCAGUGUAUUUUGAACACAUUUCAGCCUUUUGGGCCUCGCCACUCUUGCCUCAUGUUGUCUUGCUCCGUGUCGGCCACAUUGAUUUCUUAAAACGGUGCCAUAUUUAGAGCCCACCUUUUAAAUGAAGGCAGCCAUUUUAGCAUGUUGCCCUUCCCUCUGGUCCACCCAUUUAAGGUUGUAUCCAACAAAGAUGCCCUGUUCAUGCCAAGGGGCGCUGACUUGCCCCACACAUUGGGGAGGCACAUCACACGAUGUCACGCGAUGUGUUCUGCCCAGUGUGUGAGCGCUCGUGUGCCAGGCUGGGCGCUGCCACGAUGCCAGUGCUUCCCCACGCGUUGAUUCUGUGCCAGUGCCAACUUUUCCCUCCAUGCAGCCCAUACCUGCUAAGUCUCCCGCUGAAAAAUGCGAGAUCAGCAGCUGCGCGGCACCGGAAGUUGCGUAGAAGCCACUUCCGGGGCUGGCUCUUCCAAUGUGUGGUCGAUAUUUCCGAUGUUCUCCCGCUAGAUAUCUUGCUGGAUUUCUCGGCCAUGGCAAAAGAAGUGUCCUUUCCUUUAGGGUUUAUGCAACUUCUCAGUAAACAGCAAACAGCAUCUUCCAGGUCUGUGUGCUGUUCUCUGGGUAAAAUCGGGUGAUCAGGAAGCACUCGGGAGAGCCUACGGUGUGGUAAGCUCAGUGUUAGCCUAUUCCCCCAGCUUUUGCAGUGAGGAGAAGUAGACUUAGUGAGGUGGCUGGAGGCUACACUUGAUCUUUCCCCCAACUGGUUACAACUACUCCAUGGCAAGCUUUUCAAACAGCUGAUAUAACUCACACCUGGCCCAACUGUGCCAAUUCCUGAUUACAUCUUUCUCUUUCAGAGUAUCUUGACCUUUUUUUUUUGGUGCUUUUGCAUCGGCCGCACGUCCAGUGGUGUUCCUAUCCCAGCUGGUACCGGGUGCAUGUGUGACCCGUAUGGGGUGCCACUGGCGCACAGCAGCCCGUACGGACUGCGCCUGUGCGGGCAGAGGUGAGGGGCGGACCAGUGAGGGGCACACCGGGUGUCACCCCCCCCCCAGGGUGGCAGCCGGGGUGGACCGCCCCCAUCGCCCCCCUUGCUACGUCCCUACGCACGUCCAACUAAGAGUUGUGCUUUCAAAUCCAGUGAAACAAAUGGGCUGAAUCGCACUUAACUCUGCCUUCCAUGGUAAUAAUUUUGUUGCCUAAGUGCCUUCAUUGACAAAUUGUGUUAUCCUUUUCCCACUUAAUUUCCCAGUGAUUUUGUGCCAGUUCAUUGACUCCUAAACUAUUUUGACUCCAAUCCACUUCCUGUCAGCCAUUCUGUUUGGUUGGUUUUUUUAAAAAUUCAUACAGUGGUACAACAUGUUGCAUACGGGAUCUGUUCCGGAGCCCCGUAGGCAACAUGAGCAGUACGCAACAUGAAGUGCCGCGUCUGCGCAUGUGCGUGGCGCGAUUCGGCUCUUAUGCGCAUGUCAUUCGUCGCGUCUGCGCGAACCGCCAAACCCGAAAGUAACCCGUUCUGGUACUUCCGGGUUCGGCGCAUACAUAUUCUGUGUCAUACGCAACCCACAAUUUGUAACAAGAGGUAUGACUGUACUGCUAAAAAUGUACUGUAUAUAGCCUUUUUUUCUUUCUGUACAAAAAAAAUCUAUUUUAUAGAAAGGAUACAAAUUUAUUAAAGCUGAUUUUAAGUAA